AUGGCCGUGCAGGCAUCCCUGUCGGACGGAGAGUUGAAUGAGUUCCCCUCGGUGGCCGCCGCUGCUGCUGCUGCCGCCGCCGCCGCCGCCGCCGCCGCCGCUGCAGCCGCCGCCCGCCGGCGCUCGCUCUCUUGCGACUACAUGCCGGAUCUGACCCUCACCGGCACUGGCACCCCGCUCCACCACCUCCACCAUCAUCAUCUCCACCAUUCGGACAGCUACUUCGGCCAGACCAGCAGCAUGGGGCCGGAGGCCGGUGCCGGCGAUGUGGGCGCCGAUCCGAACGACUGCCACCUGAGCCAGGUCACCUUCAUCGACGCCGAUGCCGAUGAUGGGGACAUCAUCCUGGUCGUCGGGGACAUGGUGGACUCGGAUGACGAGGGCUCGGACCAGGACUCGGAUGAUGCGGCCAUCGCUGCCGGUGGCCUGGGCGUGGGCCACCACCUCCAGCCUCGGCGCUCCGCCAGCAUGUCUCUCUUUCCCGAUCGCCGGGCGUGCCGGGUGCCGCUCGGUUUCCAGUUCUCCGAGCUGACCGACCCGGGCCAGCGUCCGCACCGGAUGUGCGGCUUCACGCCGAGUGCCUCGGAGCCGGUUGCUCACUGGGUACGCUGCUUCGAGGAGAACAGCACCUGGGAGGCGGCAGACAUCAUCCUCUUCCGGCCGGAGCGCGACCGGCCGGAGCUGGCCAUGUCGGUCCUCACGACCGAUGCCUAUCCCUCGGACUCGUUCUUCAGCGGCGGCCCGGCCUUCGGGGCCGAGGAUCUGUCCGAUGUCGGUGGCUCUGGGCGGUGUCCCUUCUCGUCGAUGCGUAGCGUGGUCAGCGGCGACCCGAAUGUCCUGGUGGCCAUUGACGCCUCGCAAGCCGGGGCCGUCCUGGCCGAGGCGGCCGCCCUGCCGCGCAUCACCCUGCAAACGGUGCCCACUUUGCCGACCGACGACCUGGACGACAGCCGGUUCUUGUCCAGCAGCCGGGCCUUCCUCGAGGGCCCGGAGCUGCCGGGCGCCGGCGGCAACAGCAGCAGCACUGGCAGUGGCGACAGCAGCAGCAGCAGCAGCAGCAGCGGCGGCGGCGGCGGCGGCAGCAACCCCGGCGGGGGGCUGUUGCAAUUCCAUGGGUAUGUGCAGGACAACCACCACUUCCAGGGCCUGGGGCCCUCGCUGCUGGAUAGCAGCGCCGGGGUCGAUCGGUCCCCCUCCUCGGACUCGCCCUUCGGCCGGGUGCCGCACAACUCCAUGACCAUCGACAGCCCGAGCAGCUACCUCCUGUCGCCGAUGCCGCUGAUCGGGGACCUGCCCUUCGACAAGGGUGUCUUCGGGGUGGAUGACGGCCCGGAUGACGGGGACCCUGGUGGCGAUGGCCCGGGUGGCGGCGGCGGUGGCGGCGGCGGCGGCGGUGGCAGCGGCGACGGCGGCGGCGGCGGCGGCGGCCCCGACGGGUCGGUGCCCGGCGAUGUGGUGGGUCUCCUCGGCGACGAGGGGCCCAUGUCUGACGGGGGCUCCGGCGGGUCCGGCACCUCCUUGACGCCGGACACGCGGCUGAAUUUCCUGAAUGCCCUGGAAACCGACAGCCCCAUCGACUUUUCGUAUAAUCCCUCCCUGUCAUGCUCGGCCAUGCCCUCGGAUGAGGAGGAGGACCCCGAGGGGCAGGCGGGCCCCGGCAUCGGCGGCCCCAAUGGGCCCGGCUCGUCGGGCAUCCCCUCGCUGAAGGUGAACAAUCCCUUCGGGUCGGUGCUCGAGGGGGAGGACGAGUCGGGCUGUGGCCGGUUUGCCGGCGGUGCUUCGCUGCUGCCGCUGGCCGGGGCGUCGGUGCCCCUGUCCUCGGAGCUGUAUCGUGACUUGAAUAGCCCGCCGAUUCCGACCGGCGGCGGCGGCGGGGCCGGGCCCGCUGGCGGUGUGUCUGCCGGGGGCCCGGUCGACUCGGCCGGCGCUGGGACCGGCUCUUCCGGCGGGAUCGCCGGGCCGGGGCCCGGGUCGGCGGCGACCAUCGCCAUCGGCGGCCUCGGCACCGGGCCCGGGCUCAAGCCCGAGCACAGCCCCGGCAGCCUGGGCUCGGCCAGGUCGCGCGACUUGCGGGCAUCCAUCCCGGCGGCCCUCUCGGCCGGGGGCGGGGCCGCCGGCCUGCUCAGUGCCCCGUCGACGGAUCAGCUUUCGGCGGCUGUGGUGGCCGCCGGGAAGGGUGUCCCCGGGGGGGCCACCGGGCCCGGCCCCGCCGGGGCCCGGGCCUCCGAAACACACAUCAAUGCCAAGGCGCUGCUUGGUGGUGGCAGUGGCGGGAAUUCCGCCGCAAGUGCCGGGGGAGGCGCCGCCUCGGGGUCGAGCGCGGGGCCGGCGGUGCCGGGCGCCGGCGAUGCCGGGCCCACCGGCGGCCCGGUGCCCGGUGCUGGGCCGGUGCCGGCCACCGCCGGCGCGGCGGCGGCCCCUAGUGCGGCCGGUGCGGCGGCCCCGCCGGCCAAGGGCGGCCGGCCGGGCUCGACAGGUACCCGCGCCCGCGCGACAGGCACCGCCGCGGUCAAGCGCGAGCGUGCGGCCGGUGCGCGGGCCGAAAGGGCGCCGGCGGCCGGGGGCCGGGCAGCGGCGACGCGCGGAUCGCGCGCCACCGCAGCCGCCUCUCGGUCCAAGAGCCCGACCCUUGCGGCGGCGGCGGCGGCGGCGGAGUCGGGCACCGGCGGCGGCGCUGCCGCCCGGGCGACGAGCGGCCUGUCCGAUACGACGUCCGCGGCGGCGGCGGCGGUUGUGGCGGCGGCGGCGGCGGCCGUGGCGCCCAGUUUCGCCGGUGGGCCCGCGCCCCCGGCGGCCGGCCGGAAGGCGGCUCUUGCGCGCCAAAGCGACGGCCCCGGGCCCGGCGGCCGCGCGGCCAAGCAGCCCCGGUCCGCGGGGGCCAAGUCGCCGGCCCCGCUGCCGGACGACGCUUCGCUGCCGGCCGCGGUUCCGCCGGUGGCCAUGAAGCCGUCGCCGAGUUCGUCGGCGGCGGCGGCCGCGGCGGCCGCCCUGGCCGGGGCGCCCUUCGCCCUGAAGUCCGCCGGGACCAUUGUGGCGGCGGUGGCCGGCCAGGCGGCCGGCGGCGGGGUCGCCGGGACGUCGGCCGCGGCGGCGGUGGCCGCGGCGGCUGCCGCGGCUUCCAUGCACGGUGCCGGUGCCGGGGUCCCCGGGGCCGGGGCCGAUGCCACCCCCUCGCCGGCUCCGGGCAUGGCACCCACGCAUCCGGCCACGCAUGCGCGCUCGCUCCAUGGGCUGCCGGUGCAUGGCCCGGCGCCGGCCUCGUCGUCGCCCUCGGUGGCGGCGGUGGCGGCGGCCACCGCGGCCACAUACACGCCCUCGGCCGUGGCGGCGGCGGCGGCGGCGGCGGCGGCGGCAGCGGCGGCGGCGGCGUCCUCGGCCCCGGGCACCUCGGCGACUGGCCAUGCGGGCGCGCUGGCGCACUCGACCUCCGCCGGGGGGGCCGGCGCCGGCGCCUCGUCGCUUGCCGGGGCCCCGGGGUCCUCUUCGUCUUCUUCCUCCUCUUCCUCCUCUUCAUCGGCGGCGGCGGCGGCGGCGGCCGCGGCCGCCGCAGCUGCUGCGGCCGCCGCCCACUCGCAUCCCCACACGACGGCCUCCUCACACUACUCCACGGCCGGGGGCUACCACUCGGCCUCAUCGGCGGCGGCGGCGUCAUCGGCGGCGGCCGCGGCCGCGGCCCUGGGCCCGAUGCACUCGGCAUAUGGCAAUCCCCACUCGGCAUACGGCAGCUCCUACGCCAAUUCCUCCUAUGCAGGGAGCCACACAUCGGCGGCGGCGGCGGCGGCGGCGGCACACUACGCGGCCAGCCAUUUGUCGGCGGCCACGGCUGCCGGCUACACCGGGUCCCACUACUCGACCCUGCCGUCGUCGGCCAGUUCGGCGGUGGCCGCGGCGGCGGCGGCCUACUCGAGCCCCUACUCGGCGGCCGUGGCGGCUGCCCAGUACUUUGCCUCGCAGUAUCCGAGCUCGUCGUACUCGUCGGCAGCGGCGGCGGCAGCGGCGGCGGCGGCCGCCGCCGCCAGCAACCCCUCGCCCUACUCGCACUAUCCCUCGGCCGCGGCGUACACCAGCUCGCUGUAUGGCCCGGCGGCGGCGGCCGCCGCCGCGCACUACAGCACCCAGCCGCUGGCGUACUCCUCGGCGGUCGGGGGGUCGGGGGCGCCGGCAGGGUCGGCGGCGGCGGCGGCCGUGGCGGCGGCGGCGGCGGCCGCAUCGGCUCCCAGCUCGGCGGCGGCGGCGGCAGCGGCCGCGGCUCUCGGCUCGUCGUCCUCGCACCAUGCGGCCUCGCAGCAUGCCGCCCAUCACCAUGCCUCUCAGUAUGGCGCCCUGUCGGCCAGCUCGACGGUCGGCGCGGCCGGGACCUCGGCCCCGGCUUCAUCGGCCGGCGCGGCCCCCGGGGGCACGACGGCGGCCGAUGGCACCGGCGGCUCGUCGGUGGCCAAUUCGGCGGCGGCCGCGGCCGCCGCGGCCGCCGCGGCCGCCGCCAGCUCCCCCCUGCUGGCAUCGUCUCUGUCAUCCCUCGGGUCCUAUGGCCAUGAUCCGGCCUCCGCCUACAGCAGCUACCUGGGCUAUCCGUACAGCUCGUCGCUUGGCUUUUCGCAGGGGGGCCUGUCGGCAUCGCACAGUGCUUUCGCCGCGGCGGCGGCCGCCGCUGCCUCGCCCUACUCCUCGCAUCCGGGCAUCGCGGCGGCGGCGGCGGCGGCGGCGGCGGCGGCAGCGGCUGCUUCGUCCUCUUCCUCCUCAUCGGCGGCCGGGUCGACGGCAGGUGCCUCCUCGUCCGCCUCGUCGGGGGCCGGGGCAGGGGCCACCGGCGGCACGACCACCGGCAGCACGGCCCCCUCGGCAGGCACGGCCGGGACCGCGGUAGCCUCGGCGGCCGGGUCGCAAUUUAGCUCGGCCGCGUCUUCCAUGUCACAUUACUCGGCAGCCGCGGCGGCGGCGGCAGCCGCCGCAGCCGCCGCCGCGGCCCACCCCUCCUCCGCAAGCAUCUAUUCCUCCUCGGCGCAUCCCUCGAGCGCGGCCAUGGCGGCGGCGGCGGCCGCCGCCGCAGCGUCCUCCUCCUCCGGCUCGGCUGCGUCGCACUAUGCCGGCCUGGCCAUGGCUGGUCUCGGCCAGCAGGGCGGCUCCUCGCUGUAUGGCAGCGGUGUUUCGGCCUUCGGCCAUCACCACCACCACCAUCACCACCACCACCACCAGGCGGCGGCGGCGGCGGCGGCGGCCGCUGCCGCGGCAGCAGCCGCGGCUCCCUCGGCGCCCGGCAACACCGCUGCCGGUGGUAUGCCUGCUGCUUCGGCCAUGCUGGCCGCUCCGACCUCCGCCGGUGCUGCUGGCACCGGUGCCGCCGCCGCCGCCGCCGGCAGCACCGCCCCGGCCACCGCGGCGAGCUCCGCCACCUGA